GCUCGGCUCUCGGCUCGGUGGCGACCAAGAUGUCGACCAAAAAUUUCCGCGUGAGCGAUGGGGACUGGAUCUGCCCCGACAAGAAGUGUGGGAAUGUUAACUUUGCCAGAAGAACCAGCUGUAACAGAUGUGGCAGAGAAAAAACAACAGAAGCCAAGAUGAUGAAAGCUGGAGGGACUGAAAUAGGAAAGACACUGGCUGAAAAGAGUCGUGGCCUCUUCAGUGCUAAUGACUGGCAGUGUAAAACAUGUGGCAACGUGAACUGGGCCAGGAGAUCAGAAUGUAACAUGUGUAACACUCCAAAGUAUGCCAAGUUGGAGGAGAGAACAGGCUAUGGAGGAGGCUUCAAUGAACGGGAGAAUGUGGAGUACAUCGAGCGUGAAGAAUCAGAUGGGGAGUAUGAUGAGUUUGGACGCAAGAAGAAAAAGUACAGAGGGAAGCCAGUUGGUCCUGCAUCUAUCCUGAAGGAAGUAGAAGAUAAGGAAUCUGAAGGAGAAGAUGAGGAGGAUGAGGAUGAAGAUCUAUCCAAAUAUAAAUUGGAUGAGGAUGAGGAUGAAGAUGAUGCUGACCUUUCAAAAUACAAUCUUGAUGCCAGUGAAGAAGAGGACACUAAUAAGAAAAAGAAACCCAAUAGGCGCAGUCGUUCUAAGUCUCGAUCUUCUCACUCACGCUCUUCAUCGCGCUCAUCCUCUCACUCAAGCUCAAGGUCUAGGUCCAGGUCCCAUUCAAGAAGUUCUUCCAGUUCCAGAUCAAGAUCUCGUUCCAGUUCCCGAGAACAAUCUAGAUCUCGUGGGUCGAAAUCCAGAUCCAGCUCCAGGUCCUACAGGGGUUCUUCCACCCCAAGAAAAAGAUCUUACUCAAGCUCUCGUUCCUCCUCUUCCCCCGAGAGAAGCAAGAAGAGAAGUCGUUCUAGAUCCUCUUCAUCUGGUGAUCGCAAAAAAAGACGAUCGAGAUCACGGUCACCCGAAAGACGCCGCAGAUCAUCAUCUGGAUCUUCUCAUUCUGGUUCCCGCACAAGUUCUAAAAAGAAAUAAUGUGCAAAAAGCUCACACAUUUCAAACAAACAAACAAGCAAAAACCCAAACAAAACAAAAAAGGCAAAAAAAAAAAUCAACAAAAAAAUCCAGUCAGUGCAUGAGACAUUUUUACAAAGUUGGUGUCUUAACUUGGUCAGAAGUGCUGAAUCUGCUAGUAGAGGUGCAUGUCUGUCCUUGCUUGCUGGAAACCUGCAGCUUUGUUCAUU